UGCAUUAAAAAAUGAAUCUAAAAUCUUAUAGCUCAAUUAUUUUUAUUUUACUGUACUUAUUGUUAAUUUCGGCAAAUCAUUGUAGUAUCUCUGAUUAUAAAUCAUAUUUAUUUAAAGUAGCAAAACAUAUAAUUUUUCAUAAUCGUCUCCAAGAAGAAUGGAAUUCAAUUAAAAAUAUUAGCUUAAAUUAUGAUUCAAAUGAAAAAUUGGAAAUAAUCUUUAAUUAUGAAUUUAACGACUAUAAUUUCACAAGUAUAUUUGACAGAGUCUUAGAUUUAAUUAAUCAUAGAUAUGCUAAAUAUCUGUACACUUUUAAAAAUCUUUCAAUAAAAAUUAUAGAUUUUUGUGAAAACAAGUACAAUAAAAAAUCAUAUGGAUUAUUUAUUGAAUGCAUUAAAUCAAUUCAAGAUGUAAUUAAAAAUUCAAAAAUUAUGUUUGGAACUUUAUACGAAGUUAUGAACUUUAUUGAAAAUUUGGAAAUUAAAAGAGUAUUUCCUAAAUACAUAGGUCAACGUACUGUAGUUAAUGAAAUUAAAGAAGUUUAUUUCUAUACUUUAUCAACGACACUACCAGAUCAUUCAAUAUAUAAAAAAACUAAUGGCGAAUUAGAUAUAGAUGAAGCAUGUAAACAGUUUUUGAAUGUUAAACAUUUUCUAAAUGGAAUGAAUAAAAUUUUAUCAAAGUUGUCAUUUUUAGAUAAUUUUUUAAUGGUAUACAAUCAAUACGUUCAAAAAGAUUGUUUGACAAAAUACAAUGAAGAAUAUAUGUUUCUUCAAUUUAACGACAAAAAUGUUUACGAUUUUAUCCUUGAUAAAUGUAUUAAAUUGUUUACCGAAGCAAAUAAACGGGAGAAUGAAGCUUAUGGCUUUAGAUUAUUACUAAUUCCUAUUGAACCUGGGCUUGUGUUACCAUUAUUAGUUUCUGAAGAAUAUUGUAUUUCCAAAUUAAAUCAAUUAUUCACAAAUUUCAAUUUUGAACAAUAUGAUAAUAUAAACCUUAUUUUGGAAAAUGGUACAAAAAAAAACGCACGAAUUUUAUUUCAAGAUAAAGUAAACACAUCUAACUUGAAACAAAAAAAAAAAUAUUUAGAACAGUUAUUGAGAUGUAGGUAUGUCGAAAUAUUAAAAAACUAUUACGUCAUUUUGUCCAUGAUUAAUGAUUCGUGUAAAUCAGUACGAUUUCGUAGUCUUAUUAAUCAAUUUGUUGAAUGUGUAAAUGAACUCCGUAAUUCAAUAUAUUUGUCUCUUAAUAUGGUACAAAGUUUACUCUUUGUAUUGGCCAAAUUAAAAAAAAUAUCUAUUUGUGAGAUUUCUAAGGAUUUAAAUAGUUUAAUAAGAGUAGAUCGUAUUCUAACAAAAUAUUUGUACGAUAUUAAAGUUUAUAAUUAUAAUGAAUGUGACAAUAAGUCAAAAUUGAAUGAAGAAGAAGCAAUAUCAGUAUUCGAACGAAUAAAAGAAUCACAGUUGAUAAUAAAAAAAAGAUUAGAAUUUGAAUAUAGAUAUUGUACAACAAACAUUUGUGAAUUUAUAAGUAAAUUGCCAACAAAGCAGUCACUAAAAUCUUCAAUUUAUGAAAAAAGAAACUCAUUUAACAAAGAACUUCCUAUUUUUCAUUUUAUUUGUGAAUAUAUGAAUACAUUUUGCAAAAAUAUUAUUAAAACCGAUUAUGAAAAUACAAAUUAUAAAAAUUUAAUAUAACAUAUACGAUAUGUUAAAUAUAUUGAAUAAACAACAUA